AUGGUUAUUGAGAAUAACACUGAUGUGACUAGCUUCAUACUCCUGGGUUUUUCUGAUGUUCCAAGGCUCCAUCCACUACUCUUUACAGUGCUGUUUUUGGUCUACAUCAUCACUCUUUUGUCCAAUGGCCUUAUUGUUGCAAUAAUCAAUGCCAACAACAGUCUUCACACUCCUAUGUAUUUCUUUCUAGUCCAUUUGUCUUGCUUGGAGAUUUGUUAUACCUCAGUUACCACCCCAAAGAUGCUUGAGAACUUGCUGGUGAAGCAAACAAUGAUUUCGUUUAUGGGAUGUGCUGCCCAGAUGUUCUUCUUCCUAUUCUUUGGGGUGGCAGAGUGCUUCCUCUUGGCCUCCAUGUCAUUUGACAGGUAUGUAGCAAUAUGUAGACCUUUGACCUACCACAUCAUCAUGAACAAGAAAUUUUGUGUCCAGCUGGUGGUUGUGUCUUGGGUCUGUGGGAGUGCUGUAGCACUAGGUCAUACCAUCUUGAUGUUUAACCUGCCAUUCUGUGGGAUUUCCAUCAACCAUUUCUUUUGUGAGAUUCAGCCACUCUUUGAGUUGGUUUGUGGGGAUACUUUUCUGAGUGAGAUUCAGGUUAUCGCUGUGGCUGUGCUAGCAAUCAUGAUGCCUUUCUGGAUGAUCAUCUUCUCAUACAGUUCCAUCCUUGUCACCAUUUUCAAGAUGCCAUUAUCACAGAACAGACAAAAAGCUUUCUCCACUUGUUCCUCACACCUCUUGGUAGUGACGCUUUUCUAUGGCACAGCAGGCUUCAUGUAUUUAAGACCAAAAUCAAGCUACAUGCCUUCAAUCGACAAAUUAUUGUCUCUAUUCUAUGCUAUUGUGACUCCAUUGCUGAAUCCUAUUAUUUACAGUCUCAGAAACAAGGAGUUCAAAGGAGCCCUGAAGAGAACAAGCAUACCUACUAACCAGGCGAUGAGAGAAAUGUGGUGGUGACAUUCUAUUGGGGAGUGUUUAUGGCACGCUCCUGAAGAAGGUGGCACGAAAUCUGCGUUCGUAGCCGGCCCCAGAUUGAGCGUGGCGGUC